GGAGCUGCGGCCAGGAACUUGUGGUUGCCUAGCAAGUUUCACAUCUACGGUGCAAAGUUUGAAGACGUGUUCGGGGCUGCUCUCCGUGCUGUAAACUACAAAACCCACAGAAACUACUCGAAAAAACUAGUUUCCCUCCGUCGAGGUCCAGGUGGAAACACUGACGGUGCAAGAUGUCCGUGGCGGGAUUUAAGAAGCAAUUUUACAAAGCGAGUCAGUUGGUGAGUGAGAAGGUCGGAGGUGCAGAGGGAACCAAACUGGAUGAAGACUUCAAGGACCUCGAGAGGAGAGCAGAUGUUACCAGCAAAGCAGUGGUGGAAGUCAUCACUAAAACAUCAGAGUACCUCCAGCCCAACCCGGCAACAAGAGCCAAGCUUUCCAUGCUCAAUACAGUGUCCAAAAUCCGUGGCCAGGUGAACAGCCCGGGCUAUCCCCAGCCUGAGGGCCUCCUGGGAGAGUGCAUGACUAAGUAUGGAUGUGACAUGGGCAAGGAGACCAACUUUGGUGGAGCUCUAAUAGACAUUGGGGACUCAAUGAAGAGAAUGGCUGAAAUCAAGGACUCUCUGGAUAUUGACGUGAAGCAGAACUUUAUUGACCCACUGCAGGGAGUCGCUGAGAAGGACAUCAAAGACAUUCAGCACCACCUGAAGAAGCUUGAGGGCCGGCGUCUGGACUACGAUUACAAAAAGAAACGUCAAGGUAAAAUCCCAGAUGAAGAGAUCAGACAGGCCCUCGAGAAGUUCCACGAGUCAAAAGAAAUGGCUGAAGGCUCCAUGCACAACCUGCUGGAAACGGAUGUGGAGCAGGUGAGUCAGCUGUCUUCUUUUGUGGAGUCGAUGCUGCAGUACCACAGACAGGCUGCGCAGAUCCUAGAGGAGCUUUCUGAUAAACUGAGCCAAAGAGUGACUGAAGCUCACUCGCGUCCAAGGCAGAAAUACACACCCAAACCCAGACCAGCCUUCGAUUACGGAGAGUUAGAAAACUCUAACGGAGGAUACUCACCAGCCGCAGCAAGCCCUCCAGCUUACUCUCCGGCCCCAGCACAAUAUCCUGCUCCAUCCUUCCAAAGAGCCUCCAUCAAGAACAGACCACCUGAGCCAUGCUGUAAAGCCAUGUAUGACUUUGAGCCAGAGAACGAAGGAGAGCUGGGCUUCCACGAGGGCGACACCAUCACCUUGGUCAGACAAAUCGACGAGAACUGGUUCGAGGGAAUGUUGCGGGGCAGAACGGGAUUCUUCCCCAAUAACUACGUUGAAGUGGUGGUGCCUCUGCCACACUGAAAACAGCCAGGCAAGAAGCGGGCAGCAGGAUGGAGAGGAUGAAAAGGGGGGCGGAUGAUUGACUCAGUAAUCGAAAGAUAUCUUUUUUUAAAUUAUAAUUAAAGGGUAAACAUCUUGAGACAGGGACUUAUUUUUUUUUAUAAUUUUUUUUUUGAGUUAUUUGAGGAAAGAGCUUUUUUUUAUUAUUAUGCCAAGAUUUGAUAGAGUUUUAACAGUCAGGACAGCGUGAAGUUGAUAAAUCAGAAAAAUGAUGGCUUAAUGUGCGGGUGCAUUUAACAUAUCCUGAGUCCUUGUAUUCAUUCUCUAUGCACCUGUGCACUUUGUACACUACACCUCCAUCACCGGGACUGAUGAAGAAGGACCAACAGAAUGUCCAGUAGUAUCUAUGAAUGCUAAGAAGUGCAAGUACUUUAUUCUCCUAUUCUAAACCUAUUCUGUAUUCACAAGAGGACAUUUCUUGUUCUGUGUAUUGUUCAUAUUGGUACUACACACAUGCAUGUAUACGCAUGCUUUCUUCUUAGGGCUGUUUUCUACACUCCCAGUUUUCACUCCGCUGCCAUCAGGCUUAAGUACUGUUGUGACCAUGGACUUGUUAAGAGUCAACAUGGAGAACUUGCUGCCUUUUGUUGAUGUUUGAGACUAUCCUCUAUUGCCACCUGGUGGCACUUGAGUUUUUUUAUUAGCUAUUUGUUAAAGUGGCACUGUCAUGUGGCCUCUCUAUUAUCUCUUAACCAAGUUCCUGUUCAGGGGCUUGUCUUAUGUUUUAAUGGAGAAUCUGUGAGGCAGUUUUACAAACUUAUUUGAGACAGUAAAAGCUGUUUUAAUAGAUGAUUUCCAAAGAGCUGUAGGGCAGCCAUGAAUUUACUAAGUUCUAUAAUCUUUAUCACACUAAUUGUUAAGUUGUCAAUGAUUUAAUUUACGUUUUUCUCACUACACUCCACCCCCUUCUUCUCUUAGACCUCAUGUCAAAGAAACGUUGCACAAAUUCCCAAACUGAAUGAGGAUGCUGUUUGUCAUUAAAAGGAAACACAGUGCUGCCAAAUUACUUGAGAUGAUAAUAUCCAGACAUGUUGUUUUCCCUCUUUUUUCCCCCCUUUUUUUUAAACAUCAAUUUACUUCAUAUUUUAAAUAAUAAAAGUGGACAUUUGUUUCUAUCACAAUGCAACCCACAACGAUGUAACGUUAUCCAUCCCCACCCCAAACAUUUUGCAGCAUCGUACCAAAGCCAAACAAGCAUGCAUCUCUCAGUUCCUCUAUUUUCUCAGGCUCUAUUGAUGCUGCUGGCAGUGUCACUCACAUUGUUUUGUAGGCUUUUACCCAAACUGUUUGUCCAUGUAUUUUCAGUCUGUGAUUUGUUUUCCCCCCAUAGCGCUGGGGUAAGCUUGGCUUUUGUACUCUAACCUAUAAUUUGGAGCAUGGAAAUCAAUCUGAUGUGUGAUUGGGCGUGUUUGUACCUUGCGUCAGUUUUCAGGCUGAAACUGUGCACCAGACCUGACAGAAAAUGCCAUCUCCAAACUAUUGUGUACAGAAUUUACUGAUAAUGAGGAAGGGCAAUUCACAAUAGCCGGUUUCAGUUUCAAUUAAGCCUAUUACAAGGUGGCUAUGAACUCUGAGGGUUUGUGCUCUUCACUAAAAUGCCAACUUUCUCCCCUUGUCAUGAUCCCCUUGUUAGACCGCCUCCCCGCCCCACUCAUCCCUCCCGUCUCUGUUUAAACUGGGAGCGGAACAGACAGGUCUUUUUCAGCAGAGAAGGGUGCACAGCGGUGGAUUAUGCCCUCCCUCCCCCAUUGCUCUUUAUUCACCACCUGCCCCCAUGCCCCUACCCCCUUUUUUCUCAUUAUCUGCCCCAUCCCAAUCCCAUGGUGCCUCUAGAGCUCAGUCUCCUAGUCCAUAUGAGGAAUAAUCUCAUUGUUAUUAUAGUAUGUGUGUCUUAAACGUUAUGUCUGCAUCUUAUUCAUGUUAUGUAUCAUACCCCGGGGGCUUUGGUUGUUCUGAGCAAUAGCUGUGUGGUUCAGGUGUGGGUUUGCAUGCCUCAUUACACUAAAUCAAAAGGCUGGAGUUUGAGAGGGGAAGGAGGGUCAGGGGUUGAGGUCAAGCUAUUAAUUCAGUUUGUAUAAUAUUGAUGAUGAAUAAUGUGGAACAAAAGGGCUGAGAUCAAUUUUUAUGUGCUGCUGAAAGAGUUGUCCAAAUGCUGCAGCUGACAUUGAUUGCUACACUACAUUCUGUGAUGGCUCCCAACCUUUAUAGGUGUCUCACCUUAAUAUUGAUGAAUGAAGUAUUAUCAGAUGUUUAAGCUCUACUUUAUUAUACCCAACGUUAAAGGAACUUUCUGUGUAAAAAUGUAACCGCCUUGCAUGUGUCUUCAUUACAGCUUUCUGCGUCUUCCACAAUGCCUUAUUUUUGUAACUGUGACACUGUGGGGAGACUAAAAGUGGGAUUAUCCUGGAUUAUCUUUAGGAUAUAUGGAUUACCUCUAUACCAAAUGUAAUCUUCUGUGUAUUGUAUAUUUUUGUUACUAUGUAAAAGGGGAAUGGAUGCUGUUCGUUCGCUUCUUCAAAUAAAUAUUAAGUAAUUUGG